AUGGAGGAACAGUUGGCUCUCGAGCUCGCUCAGUGUGGCUUGUUUCGAGGCCUUGACUUAGACGAUGAAGACAAAGAAACCGGCGACGAGGAUGACUUUGGGAACGACAAGAAUGCUCGACCGACUCUCCGUCAACUGAGAUGGCCUCCCUCCGCUUCUAAGGAGGAGAAACUACGCGUUACGCUGAAUUUUCUACGCAUCGCUGGCUUCGAGGGACUCGGCGGGUUCCUCGCAGACAUCUUCGAGGACAAGGUCUAUCAAGACGUCUCCGUCACGAAGCAAGUCUCGCACUUUCUCUGCGCGAAAAGCACACGUCCUCGCGAGCAUCCAGAAGCGAUUAUUCGGCAAAUCUACUCGCACCGCCAGUCUCAGCGAUGGAACAAUGGCUGCGAGGAGAAACCACACCUAGGACUCCCUCGCUACGCGCUACCACCUUUGGCACGCCUCUCCGCCAUCCCCCAAGAGCCUCAAAACUCUACGCGUAAUGCCCUUGACGCAUGGGCGCUCGAGAUAGUGAUGAAGCGGAUCCGAGUGGAGGCAAACAGACUUUGCGAACUCACAAUCUUCAGGUCGGACGGCACGGCUCCUGACUGGAAAGAGCUCCUGUCUUUCGACGUUCGCUUAGCGCAGGACGUCAUCUCGCGCAUUGCGCCAACCGUCUUCGCUGUGAUAUCGACACUUGCUGUAAACAAAUCGAUAGUCAAGAAGCUUGACAAACACGUCGACAAGGGAGCGGGAGGUGAUCAGCUCAAGAUCAAGCGUGACCCGUGGCUGAUAUCAACAAUUGCAACGCUCAUGCUUCUCAACAGCAGACAUGCGCUGGUGAACAAUUUCCAGCGCAUGGUCGGCAUUUUCCUCUAUUCGUGUAACGCCAAUCGCGAGAUCCUCUCGCUUACCUCCCGCGUCGCCCUCUCGACCAGCUAUAGCACAUCGCUGCGACACUUACACGCGCUCGGCAAGGACGCCGCCAACACGCUCCUACGCUUCGGUCAAGCAAUCAAGAUGGACGGCAUCGAUUUCUUGGUCUUGAUCGACAAUAUCAACAAAUUGCAGCGCUCCUGGGAUUCUUCGCUUCUUAAACACGAUCAGAUGCUGAACGGUACCGCGGCAACCCUCAUCAAACUCGAGGACGUUCCCGAUGGCGCUCUCGACCAACACCUCCUGGGACAACACAGCGCCGAAGCUACGCGCUCUCGCAAGGACUUGGUCGUAGCCGACCUCGAGGAGCGCCUCGACACCGCUCUCAUGCGCAAACUCGUAUGCGGUGUCAUAUUGAAGUCGCUGCUGAAGCACGUACCGGCCUUGGCGACACGUUUUCGCUCCGCUCUAGAUGCUCACAACGAGAACCACCUUCGCGUACACCCUCUGAAGGUACGCAAGAGCGAAAUCUACCCAAUGCGAACCAGUAACAAGGACGAGAGCACGGUACCCGGCAUUGCUAGCGUGAUCAGCGAUCUCGUCGAGGAGCAGCUCGGAAUCGACCCUAACGAUCUCGAUUCACGGCUUCUCUUUUUCUGUGGCGAUCUCCUGAGCGUCGACCGUGCACGGAAGCUCAAGGAGGUCUGCGCGAAGGCACCUGGCGCACGCAGCCGCGCUUUUAUUCUAGCACUUGCUCAGCUCUUUCAUCUAAAGUGGUGCUGGCAGAAGUCGAUUAUGAGCAUGCACUGGUGGGCAGCCGUCAAGGGUGCAGACGGAUUGGCUUGCGAUGUCGCCGUUCUCGGGCGUGGCAAGUUUAAUCACGAGCGCUGCGACUUCUAUCCAGGCCAUCAUAUACUGGAAGACAAGUUCGAAGCUAUGGUUUGCCAUGCACUCCGCCUACUCAUCCAGGAGAAGUACGAUGUUCCCGAAAACCCCGACUCGAAGCUACUCGAUGUACUCGAGCAAGCGUUCGCGAAGGGAGGACUCUUAGCGACCUGCACCUUCGAUGGCCUCUUGGACAUGGCGGAGACGAUAUACGACCGAUUCUGCUCCCCUCGUGCGAGCGAGUUCGCCUCGGGAGAGCUGCCAAGACCCGAGGUGAAGUGGGGGAAGCCGUGUAGCACAUACACGCUUCCAGCAACGUCAACAAGCGCGACAUCCGAAGCUCCCAAGUCCAAUCGAGGGCGUAAGAAGGCAAGAGCGACCAAUCCCUCGCUCGAGUGCAAAGGCGACCAGUCUCUUCAAAAUGACUGUCAUUUCAUGCGAACAACAGGAUGGUACUUGCUCAUCUGCGACGGCAUUAGCCAGGGGGAUAUGGGGCACGUAUUUUGCGCCCUUGACUUCCUCACCUUCUCAUUCUGGGGAGCGGGGGCGACGAAAUACGCAAACGAGAUGCUAGAAAUGGCAUGCAACUUUAUUUGCGAGUUCCCGCCCGAGUUGAGGGUCGCCAUCAUGAACAACUACGUUGUCAACCCCACCGGACGCCCCGGUCACUUCCAGGAGCUCGAUUUUCUGCAGGAGCACUUCAACAAGGAGAUCAAGCAUAUGUUCACUGAGAAAGCGCACGACUUCGGCGACGCGCAUAUUGCGGAGGCGAUAGCGCUCAACAUCAAUGGGCUGAAAGCCCUGCGACAGAUCGUCGCGGAGACCAUUAGCGUCAAGCGCUCCGGUACGCGACAUGCAGCCCCCAACAAGGCGCCAGACAUCAACCGCCUCGGCGCCCACUAUCUCCUAAACCAUCGCUUGGAGUACUGCGCGCGGCGCACGCAGCCUUACCUCGUUCCUGAUGAAUUCUCGGCUGGCUUCGAUAUUCUCUUCAACGGACAAUUCGAUACUUUCAUCGAACGUACAGCGCGCUAG